AUGCAACAGGCAAGGGGCAAGAUUGUUCUUCUCCAGAGUGACACCUUCUCAAUUGGAACAAAUAACCAUGAUUCUUUUUUCUUUGAAAACGACAAGCUAAUCAAUGUGGAAGUCAAAAUACGGAAUAUCAAGUCACAUCUCUGUGGAAAUUACAUUGUGUUGACUAACAGUGCAGCAUCAGCUUAUUACAGAAUCAAAAAAAGGGCUCAAAAAGUUAACAAGCAGAUUUAUAGCUUUGUGGACCAACAUAAAAAGAGCUCCACAAACCAAGGUUGCAUAGGAGUCUUAAGUAUGGACUUCCCAAGUGCUGAACUUAUUAAAAACAUAAUAGAAAUCAAACCAUGUAACUGUGUAAAAGGUGCAAAGCAAGAGUCACAAAAAACAGCUCAAGUAUUGCCUGGGAAAGAAUCACAAACAACUGCUGAAGACUCACCAGUGCCAGAGAUAGAUAUAACUGAAGCACCACCUACCCCGGAUUCAAUACCUGAGUCAGAGUCCACUAUGCCUGUGCUAGAGUAUACAACCAAAGAACCAUCUGCACCAGCAUCAACAAUACAUGUGCCACAGUCAGAUACAACAGCUAAUGCAGAGCCUUCACCAGAGUCAGCAACAAUGAAAGCAGCAGGAUCUGUGUUAGACACAACAACACUCGGGCAUGAUCUGGAAACAGUAGCAGAACCAGGACUAGCACAAGAAUCAACCACAACUGGACCAGAAUCAGAAACAACAAUAGAGGCAACACCCAAGCCAGAGUUACUAACAAUAGCUCAAACAGCACCUGGGCUGGAGUUUGAAACAACAAAUGAGAUAACAACUAUGCCAGGCUCAACAGUGCCUGGCCUGAAUUCAGAAAUGGCAGAUAAAGCAGUGUCUGCACCAGACACAACAUUACUGAGGCCAGAUUUGGAAACACAGGCAGAACCAGCAACUGACCCAGACUCACAAGUGCCUGUGCUAGAGACACAAACAACUGAAGCACCUUCUGCCCCAGAUUCCACAUUACCUGUACCAGAGUCAGAUACAAACAAAGCACCAUAUUUCCUGGACUCAACUAUUCCUGUGUCAGCGUCAGAUAUAACUGACACAGCUUCUGCCCCAGGCUCCACUAUGCCUGUACCAGAGUAUACAACCACACAACCAUCUGCACCAAAAUCAACAAUGCAUGUGUCACAGUUAGAUACAACGGUUAAUGCAGAACCUACACCACAGCCAGCAACUAUAAAAGAAGGCGGAUCUGUGUUAGACUCAACAACAUUUGGGCAUGAUCUGGAAACAGUAGCAAAACCAGGACUAGCACAAGAAUCAACCACAACUGGACCAGAAUCAGAAACAACAAUAGAAGCAAUACCCAAGCCAGAGUUACCAACAACAGCUCAAACAGCACCUGGGCUGGUUUUGGAAACAACAAAUGAGAUAACAACUAUGCCAGGCUCAACAGUGACUGGCCUGAAUUCAGAAACGGCUGAUAAAGCAGUGUCUGCACCAGACACAACAACACUGAGUCCAGAUUUAGAAACCAAGGCAGAACCAACAACUUCCCCAGACUCACUAGUGCUUGGCCCAGACACAGAUACAACUGAAGCACAGACCGCCCCAGAUUCCACUAUGCCAGGGCCAAAGUAUACAACCGAGGAACCAUCUGCACCAGCAACAACAAUACAUGUGUCACAGUCAGAUACAACAGCUAAUGCAGAGCCUUCACCAGAGUCAGCAACAAUAAAAGAAGCAGGAUCUGUGUUAGACUCUACAACCGCUGGGCAUGAUCUGGAAACAGUAGCAGAACCAGGACUAGCACAAGAAUCAACCACGACUGGAACAGAAUCAGAAACAAUAAUAGAAGCAACACCCAAGGCAGAGUUACUAACAACAGCUCAAACAGCACCUGGACAGGAGUUGGAAACAACAAAUGAGAUAACACCUAUGCCAGGCUCAACAGUCCCUGGCCUGAAUUCAGAAACGGCAGAUGAAGCAGUGUCUGCACCAGACACAACAUCCCUGAGGCCAGAUUUAGAAACCAAGGAAGAACCAGCAACUGCCCCAGACUCACAAGUGCCUGUGCUAGAGACACAUACAACUGAAGCACCUUCUGCCCCAGAUUCCACAAUACCUGUACCAGAGCGCCACUAUAACUGUACCAGAGUAUACAACCACACAACCAUCUGCACCAAAAUCAACAAUGCAUGUGUCACAGUUAGAUACAACAACUAA